UUUCCUUAUAUAUAAACACCUCCCCAGAAACUCCAAUUCCUUCAGUACUUACCUCGAUCGAUCACUUUUUACCACUAACCAAGGCACAUAAUUUAAGAUAUCAUCAAAGUUAUAUAGCUCGAAGCUGGAUGUCGGACUGGGGUCCAGUGUUUGUGGCUGCGGUACUGUUUGUGCUGUUAACUCCGGGUCUGCUUUUCCAAGUGCCUGGGCGCCAUGGCUGCGUCGAGUUUGGCAACUUUCAGACCAAUGGUGCAUCCAUACUAAUCCACUCCCUCCUCUACUUUGCUCUUAUUUGCAUCUUUUUGCUGGCCAUUAAGGUUCACUUGUACAUUUAUUAAUUAAUACCCCCAACCAACAGAUAAUGGGGUGUUAAUCGCUAGCUAGCUUGUUACAUGCAUACGCUAAGUGCGCGGAUGGUCUACAUGAUAUCGUGUGUUAGUUCUUGUUAGCUAGUAAUAAUAUUGAGAAGGGUUCUCGAUUUGAAUC